UAUAGACAGCCACUGACCAAAGCUGCUGCUCUAAUUUCUAUCAUACCUGCUUGCUGUGUUAUUUGGAAAAGCCCCUCUCAUCAUGGGAAAGAAGAAGCGCGGUCACCCAGAUCUCGAGGAACUCCUCGCUCGCCCUUGGUGUUACUAUUGCGAACGCGACUUUGAUGAUCUCAAAAUCCUCAUUUCUCAUCAGAAAGCAAAACAUUUCAAAUGCGAUAGAUGCGGGAGGAGACUGAACACUGCCGGAGGUUUAUCCGUGCAUAUGAGUCAAGUUCACAAGGAGCAACUAUCCGCAGUUGACAAUGCGCUUCCCAACCGCUCGAGUUUGGAUAUUGAGAUUUUCGGGAUGGAGGGUGUCCCGGAAGAUGUUUUACAGGCUCACAACCAACGCGUCAUAACCCAGUACCAUCAGGCUGAGGCGGAGCGGCGUGCUGCGACUGGGAAUCCCGCACCGGGAACCUCGACUGGCAUCCAGUCCAAGAGACCCAAACUAGAAAGCCCGGCGGAAUUGAAGAAGCGACUGGCGGAGCAUAAAGCGAAGCUGGCAGAGAAAGCUGCAGGCACAAGUAGUGGAGGUGCCACGCCUGUAAGUACCGAUCAGGGAUUGCAGACUGGAAGUUCAUUUGCAACCCCGCAGUAUCCACCGAAUGGCUCUGCUCAACAGUACCCUUACCCACAGCAAUCUGGCCAACCCGCCCAAGCUACGGCUUAUCAACAACCGUCCCAGACGCUCCAGAAACCACCGGAAUUCCCUUCACCUGGGUAUCAGCAACCCCCAGUUGUUGGACAGCAAUAUCCUAGCCAAUAUUCACCCUCCGCUAUGUCACCCUCACAAUAUCAACCCGCAGUGGCUGGACAAAGCCCUGUCGUCUCUACCACUCCCCCUGUGCCGUUCCAGCAGCAGCCGGCACACAUGAGGACCCACACCCCGCCACAACAGGCAGCAUCAAUACCCCCUCGACCACCAAGCCUACCGGCAGCUCCUGGCCUCCCCCAGAGGCCUAGCUUUUCUGCACCACAAGUUAACUCAUGGCAGAUGCAGCAAAUGCACCAUGGACAAAUGCCUGUUCAGCCGCCCACGCCUCAUAUCCCUGGCGCCGAGCCUGGCGCUGAAACAGCAGCGGUAGUCGACCGCUUAAUAUCUGAAGAGUCUAAGCGGGCUGAGGAGUUGGCCCAGAAAUCUACCCCUACUGCCGCGCCGGAAGAAGCGGCUGAAGGAAAGCCUGCGAAGAAGGAAAAAGCAAAAUCUGUGAGAUUGGUUUAUUCUGAUAGUGGAAUCAGCCCGGAGGAAAAGAUGGCGAGAUUGCCUAGGUACGCAUAUGUUCCUGAACGCAAAGAAGAGACAGUGCUUCGAGAUGCAACUACUGGCGCAGUCGCGAGACCCGUUGACGCCUCGGAUGAAAUUGUAAACCCUCCGGAAUAG